GCAGAAUUUCGACGGUUAUUAAACAUAUUGCAUCUCCUCGACGAAGAAACGACAAAUCUGAAAAUGUCUGGAAGAGGCAAAAGUGGAAAGACAAGAGCGAAGGCAAAGAGCCGCUCAUCCCGUGCCGGGCUCCAGUUCCCCGUCGGCCGUGUUCACAGGCUGCUGAGGAAGGGAAACUACGCUCAACGUGUCGGUGCCGGAGCUCCCGUUUACUUGGCGGCGGUGCUCGAGUACUUGACUGCUGAGAUCCUGGAGUUGGCCGGAAACGCAGCCCGUGACAACAAGAAGACUCGUAUCAUCCCCCGUCACCUGCAGCUGGCUAUCCGCAACGACGAGGAGCUCAACAAGCUGCUCGGGAAAGUUACCAUCGCUCAGGGAGGCGUGCUGCCCAACAUCCAGGCUGUCCUACUGCCCAAGAAAACCGAGAAGGCCACCAAGAAGUAAACGACUAACAUGUCACCCAAAUCAACGGCUCUUUUAAGAGCCACCCACUAAACCCAAAAGAGUUGAAUGUUCCCGUGAUAAAACAUGUGAUAAUACACAUACACUGUGUAUUGACACAUAACAAAGUUAAUAAAUGUAAAUACGGAUUGUAUGUAUCAGCGUUGUUCUACGUAUUCAAUAACACCAACCACUCAAACUGCUUGGACCAUGAUCAAAUCUGGCUAUCCAAAAAUACACCAAAUGACUGA